UGAAGGUCUACCAAUAAAAGUCAUGUGGACAGGUCAUGUGUCCCAGAAAUCAAACAAAUGUGAACUUAUCAGCCAACCUAUCCUUGGUGGCCAGCAUUGCCUUGCCUUGAGAAACAAAAAUCCACUGGGCUUUCCGGAGAAGUCUUCAGGUGAACCAGUCUCUAUGGAUAUACAGGCUUACAGAAGAAAGAAACAGGACAUGGCCUACAAAAGAGCUGUUUUUGACAGUCCUGCUGCAAACCAUGUUGGUUCUGCACAGGGCGCAAAGAAAGAUGUUGGUUACAGAGAGUCUCGGAGAUAUAUAUCUCAAGACAGCGGAUACAAUGAAUCCCUCAAGGACUUAAGUCCUGAAUGCUGUGAAAGCUGCACUGACUCUUCAGGAACGAAUACUCCCACUAAUGAGAAUUCUGAAAACCUAGAUCCAACUUUGCUGUGCUCUCCUAUACGAAAUGAAGCAAUCUGGGAAUGUGAAACUGGGACAGUUGCUAAAAGGCAAAACCAAAUCUAUGAAACCCCACGUGGUGUUAAAAAAGACUUUUCACUACGACGUAGGCUACUUGUAGCCAAAGCUACAUCUGGUGGAAACCUUGACUUUGAAACCUCAUCAGAAUGUUCGGUGGCAACCUCCAGAAGCAAGAAACCUCAACACUUUGCUAGAUUUGAGACAAGACUUUCUAAUAGUUUGGAUUCUCCUAGAGAAACCAUUUACAAACCCUUAGCUACAAGCACUUUAAAAGCCGAACCUGAUGUUGGCACCUCCUGUAAAAACUGGAGGAUGUCUUUUGCUCAGCAGAGGUCUUCCACCCUAGAUGAUUCUAAAUGUAGCCCUGAUCCUUUCUCAGAGGUAGACGGCCUGUCUCCAGUUAAACACACAUCAGAUUCUCCUAAUGACAGCAUUUUGAGUAUAAGUGAAGAGAACACCACCCUAGAGAUGCCAGCUACUCCAAUCUGCAAUUUAAUUUCUCAUGCCAAAGAGGAUUUUCAAACUCCUGUUAGCGAUCUUGCAGCAAAUUUUAAUUUUUCUUUAUGUACACCCACUGCAGCACAAGUGAGUGACUUGGAAAACUCCCUAAAUGAGGAUAGUGCCUUUCACUCACUCAGCUUUGAUAAAUCACAGGACUCUUUAACUGAUCAUGAAGGCUCUUUCCAGGAGCUAAUUCAAAAACCUAAGGAGACCCCAAAAUCUGCUCCUAACAAAAGUCACCUCCGAAAAUUGGAUAGAUGUAGAAGACUAUCCACUUUGCGGGAGCGAGGCUCACAGUCUGAUGUUGAGGAAGAUUAUAGUGAAACACAUAUACUAAGUUCAACAUACAAAUCAAAAGUAGCAAGAGAAUCUGUGGAUGAGGAAGAUGAACUAAGCUUUGUAGGCUGCCAAACCAAUUCUGUUUUAAAGAUUGAAGAUUUAACGGGUACACCGGCCCUGCGAGUUGUUCGUGAGAUGUUUUCAAGAAGUACCCGAAAGAGGGCUCAGCAGACCACCGUGCAGGAUCUCCUGGGCAGUUUGGAUGUUUCGUUGGCAUCAGAAGAAGUACUUUCAAGACUCAUCGGCAGGAAAAUGGGUCUAGAAAAAGUAGACAUUUUAAAUGAGUUGAAGUUCCGAAACUUGAACCACAUAUUAACUUUUAUCUUUAAAGUCUUGGAUGUUGAAAGCAUCUUCAGUAUUUGGAAAGUAAGCAAGGCAUGGCGGGAAAUGAUUGUUCAAGACAAGGAUGCAAAUCAAAGAAGAAAAGCAUUUCAGAAAAAGAUGAGAGCUGAAAUAGAGCAAGGGUGGAUGAUUUCUCCUGAAGAUGCAGCUACCAGAUUACAAGCUUUAAACCGUUCUGCUCUGAAAUCCAUUCAAGCUCAAGCUAGGCUGAUCUGCCAUACACCUAAUUCGUUUGAUGUUUCUUUGACGCCAAAAGAGACUACCUCUGUUCCCCUGUCUGCAAGAAAACAGCAGGAAUAUAUUAAGAUUGCCAAAACUUUGUUCACGGAUGAAGCUUUAAAACCUUGCCCGCAGUGCCAGUACCCAGCUAAAUAUCAGCCUCUAAAGAAGCGAGGCAAGUGCAGUAGGAAGGACUGUGGCUUUGACUUCUGUAUUCUAUGCUUGUGCCAGUUUCAUGGCUCAAAAGAAUGUGGCACGGGGUCAGGAAAGAGAAUCCACAAAAAGGAUAUUCUCCCUGGAAGUGCACAGAGUAAGCGCAAUUUAAAAAGGCUUUGAAUUUAUUUUUUUCAAAUUUCAUACCCUUUUUUUUAUUUUAUCAGUGUUUUUAAUUUUUAUAUUUAGUAGCGUAUCUUGCAGCAUUUGCUGUUUUUAUACACUGAUGUGACUUAUAGUUCACAACUUCGCUAUACCUUGCACACACCGCCAGAUGGGGCAAUCUUAUUGUGAUACAAAUAAUGUAUUGCAGCUGUAGCACUUCUUGCCUCUAUUUUGCAUCUAAAUAUAUACUGGUUCUGGAACAGUAUUUAGAGCCACCUUGCUCUGUGUAUUAGCAAAUUCGUUUAAACUGGCGUAUUUCUCUAAUUUAUUUUAUUUAUUCUUGUUACAUUUCCUACUGUGUAGACACUAUUUUAAAUAAAAUGUUUUAGCAACAGUUUUAACUUUAUUUACCAAUUUAUACUUGAAAUGCUGUGUGCCCUGUAGUUUAGUGUCUAAAUAUGUACUUGUUUUUUUGCUGUACAGUUCAUACUGUUGUACAUAAAAACUUAAUUUUCCAA